GCUGGGCAUUCAGAGGGCUAUGAAAGAGAAGAUGGGCUUUUCUCUGUGGCUGGAAGGGACAGGAGUAGAAGCAACGGCCUCAAGCUGCAGCAGGGGAAAUGCAGAAUCUACACACCAUAACUGAUCUACGCAACCAUAGAGGCAUGUUUGCGUUGUGUGGCAUGUUGGUGUUGUCAUGUGAUGAAACCUCCUGGAAUAGAUUAAAACGGAGUUGGCAACCCUAGCUACCAUGCCUUCUCAGUCCUGUUCUUGUUCAAGUAAAGGAGAUUGUUUUGCUCAAUGUGAUAAUGACUGCAAAUCUUACUGCUGUGAUGGGACUACCCCCUACUGCUGUUCAUAUUAUACCUACAUUGGGAAUGUCCUUUUAGGCACAGUAAUAGCAGGGAUUGUGUUUGGUAUAGUAUUUAUAAUGGUAGUGAUUGCCAGGAUUGCCAUCUGCAUCUGCAUGUGCAUGAAGAACAACCAUGGGACUCAAGUGGGAGUCAUCAGAACUACCCAAAUUAACACCAUCAGCAGAUAUCCUGUGGCUUCUCCACCUUAUAGUUAUGAAUGUGAGAUGGAAUAUCCAGCUGACUUACCUCCACCUUACACUCCAGUUCCACAGACUUCACUACAGUAUCCAUCACCCCCUCCUAAUCCAGGAUAUUCAAGAAAAUAUUAA